UUUUUCUGCUGCUGUGGCGGGAAAUAAAGCAUAAAUAGCCCCUGGUGUCGGUCCUGGAAUGGUUCAAGCACACAGAAGCAGCAAGCGGCGCUGAGAAGAAGGCCAGCACACCCAGGAGAGGAGCGACUGAAAGGAUGUCGGAACAACAAGGUGCUCCAGAGCAGCUGGCAGCUGGGAAGAGCCAAGGUGGCGCCGGGGCCACUUUCAAGGUGGUGCUGUUUGAAUUUGAGAACUUCCAGGGCAGCAAAGCUGAAUUCUCUGCAGAGUGCAAAGAUGUACUAGACAAAAGUCUCAAGAAGGUCGGCUCGCUGAUCGUAGAAUCUGGGCCCUGGGUGGGUUACGAUCGCCACGGCUUCAAGGGGGAACAGUUCAUUCUGGAAAAAGGCCAGUACCCUCGCUGGGACACCUGGACCAACAGUCAGAACAGCAACUGCCUGUUGUCUCUAAGGCCGCUCAAAGUGGACGGAGCUGAGCACAAGCUGCACCUGUUUGAGAAUCCCGCCUUUACAGGUCGCAAGAUGGAGAUCAUUGAUGACGACGUCCCCAGUCUGUGGGGCCACGGUUUUCAGGACCGCGUCGCAAGCGUCAAAGCUCUUCACGGAACAUGGGUUGGGUACCAAUACCCAGGCUAUAGGGGGCGCCAGUUUAUAUUCGAGCAAGGGGAUUUCAAGCACUGGAACGACUGGGAGGCCCCAGCACCGCAGAUUCAGUCUGUCCGACGUGUGCGGGACAUGCAGUGGCACAAAAGGGGCUGCUUCUCUGCUCCGGACCCAGCUCCGGGUCCUGGUCCGGACCCGGAUCCCACUCCAAUGCCGCCUGCUCCCUCUGCCAAAGCUGGGGCCAGCUGAGCAGGUUACAGCCCGGCCUCGAGUCCCCGCCUUCACUAACCACGAGAGAUGCUGCUUGGGCCCACAAAUCAGUGCCAUUAAUGUUUCAGGGGCCAAUAGAAUGAAAUACAUUUAAUAAAGUCUUUGACAUGGAA